UAGAUUAAUAGAGUGCAAUUCCCGUGACUGGUCUCAUUAUAGGAAAAUUACAGAUACCACGUUGCUUUCUGAGAUAUCAAACGUUCAGUAAAGACGCAUGACUGCUUAGUUUGUUUUCUGACGAAAAAUCAGCGAUGAAAUCAGCGUAUUUUCGCGAAUUCAAUUUUCAAUGCCAAAAACAGUAAUGAUUCACCGUACACAUGGAAUUACCAUCGGCAUUCUGUUCGGUUCUCAUCUCAGUAGAGCGUGAACCAUUGGCGAGGGAGGACGUGUGGCUUCUGUGUCUCUUGUCGGUACCAUGUGCGGCAUGCGCAAUUGCAAGUGUAAAACGAAAAUAAAGCAUUUCGAUUUUCUGCAUUAAUUCGAGGAAACAAAUCGUCGCAUCUGCAAAUCGCAUUAACGUUAUCCGCAUUUGUAAAUAUAGUUAUCAGCACAAUUGAUCAAACAAAUUGUAAAUUAGAAAAAUGGCAUUAAUCUAAUCAACAGAUGUAAAACAAUUAAUGUGUCACAGAUAAAAAUUCGUAUGAAAGUUAUUAAAAGCUCUGCAUGCACACGGUUAAUAUGGAUUUUUGCAAACAACACAAGUUUCUACAUACACUUCCAAGACUCACAAAACAAAUCAUUUGGUCUUGGCAAGCCGAGAAUGGCACAAUAUUUCAGAUACCGGAAAAGAAUCUAUAUUCGCCGGCCGAAUGUUUCAUCGAAUUGAUAAACGUCUCUGUCGCUAUUUUCACCGUACUCGUUGCCAUAAUUUUAAUUUUCAAGUACAAAUGCAGCGUGAAUCGCAAUUUUUCUAAGUCGCUGUUGCCGCUUCACGUCAGUAGGACUUUACUUUGUAUACUAUUACUGUUGAUUCUUUCUUUGGAACUGUGUGAAUCUAUGCUGACAUCGAUCUCAUUAUCGUCGAUUUUAACGAUGAUUGCUAUACUAUCUUGUUGGAUAUUACAUCGCGAAACCGAAAUCAGGGACGGUUUUGGUACUGCCGUGUCGGCAGGGGGAUUUGCAAUAAUCGGUCUUUCACGAGCGUGGAAGUUUUUAUACUUAUGCAGACUUGGUUUAUCCAUUCAAUCUGUUCGCGUUACGACAACAGGAAUCACGGCUGCUUGCUGCGGAUUGUUAGCUUUUAUUGAUUCUUAUACUCUUUAUCGUAUGAUGCAAAGGAGCAGGCGGUACACCGUUCAAAGUCCUGAUAGCGCGCGGAACUCCUACGUGUUCUCCACCUCGCCGUUCCUCAGCAGGAUCACCUUCCACUGGGUAACUGACCUGCUGUUACACGGUUACCAGAUGCCGCUCGAACUCCAUGAUCUUGGACAACUUCCAGACGAAGAGACCACGAGGAAUCAGUUCAAACGUUUUCGCGAUAUUUACGAGACCGAGAAGCUGCGAUGCCGUGGACAAAAAUUAUCUUUAUGGAAAUGUUUCUGGAAACGUAUAUGGUUAACUUUUCUGGCGGGUAGCAUCUUGAAGUUAUUUGGUGAUGCCAUGACUUUAGUAGGUCCGAUGACGAUUCCAAUGAUUAUUAAUUAUGCAUCAAAUCUUCAGAACAGAAAUGUAACAUAUGAAAAUAUUCCCUCGAAGGGAACAAUGGUAUUUUCUCAAAUUCUGAAAAAUGGAUAUUUUCUGGGGAUUAUUGUUUUCUUUGCCACGAUCUUGCAGAGCACGUUAAAACAAGCUUCCACGCAUGUGCUAUGUGUCGGAGGAAUACGUUUGCGAACAGCUCUUCAGGCACUGAUUUACGAUAAAGCUCUUCGAUUAUCUUUUUCGAGUAUCUCCGAGGAAGAAAAGCUAUCGAACAAAGAUAAAGAACAACAUUGUCAACAACAAACAACUGAUGUUGGAACUCUGACAAAUCUUAUGGCCGAAGAUGCGUACAAUGUAAUGAAUUUUUUUUGGAUUAUUCAUUACAUCUGGGCCGUUCCAUUAAAAAUUACUGCCAUUAUCUUCCUUUUGUAUUUGAAAUUGGGUAAGAGUGCAAUUAUCGGAGUAAGUUGUUGCAUAUUAAUCGUUACACCUAUGCAGCUGCUUCUCGGGAAACGAAUGUCCGAAAAUUCCAAAUUCAUAGCGGAAAAGAGCGAUGCACGUCUUCGUUUACUUAAUGAAAUUCUUCAAGGGAUACGGUUUAUUAAGCUGCACGCCUGGGAAAAUUUAUUUGAAAAUCGCAUACGCAAAACUAGAGAUCAGGAAUUAAAGCUGUUGAAAAAGGAUUCUAUAUACUGGACGCUCAUCAACUUCUUAACACACGUUUUCUCCGUUCUGGUAACUCUCUUCACAUUCGGGAUUUACUUCUGGUUGGAGGAACAAAAUCUUGAUGCGGGAAACGUUUUUGCCAGUCUCGCACUCUUUUCGCAGCUAACUAUGCCGCUCUUCAUCUUUCCGGUGAUAGUGCCGAUUAUCAUCAAUGCCAUGAUUUCCACAACAAGACUAGAAGAAUACCUUCAGCUUCCGGAGAUCAUGAAUAUUCUUCCCGAACCAAGCAAUCGAAAAUUGACGACAAAUAUUUUUUCAAAGACAAAUUCAUGUACCGAUAAUGAUGUAGAAGCAAUUAACAAUGUUACAACUUUCGGAUCGUUGGGCAAUAUCAUGAAGGAUGAUGAAGAUACACGAGAAGUUUUGCGUGAAUUCAAUUUGCCAAUUGACUCUUCUACCGAUACAGUAUUUGAAAAAGAGACAGAAAUCCCGGAAUCUAUUCUCAAAGUUACACCAAGUACUUUCGCCUGGAGAUCUGAUGAAAAUACAUUGAUGAUUAAUGCUCUCAAUUUCCCGCGAGGACAAUUGACUAUAAUAACAGGAAAAACCGGAAGUGGAAAGACUUCCUUACUGUUGGCGCUCUUAGGAGAGAUUCAAAAAACAAGCGGAAGCGUUGCAUGGACCAAGGGUUUGAAGAUCGCUUAUGUGGCGCGACAACCAUGGCUCCAAAAUGCAACCUUGAAGGACAAUAUUCUCUUCGGUUCUCCAUAUCGGUCACGAAGAUAUCGCAAUGUGCUAUAUGCGUGUGCUCUUCAACCGGACAUAGACAUACUUCCCGAUCGAGAUCUAACGAGAAUAGACGAACGAGGAAUCAAUUUGAGUGGCGGACAGAAGCAAAGGGUUGCCAUAGCUCGAGCUCUUUACAGUGAUACCGAUGUUGUGCUCUUGGACGAUCCAUUGUCGGCAUUGGAUCAACAUGUCGGUCAACAGAUCUUCGAUCACGGUAUAAAAAAGCUCUUGCUGAGAAGUGGUCGGACAGUAAUUAUGAUCACUCACAGACUGGAGUUAUUAUCAUCUGCUCAUCAGGUAAUUGUCAUGGAUGGUUGUCGAGUUCGCGCGGUCGGAACAAAAUCCAGCAUCGAAGACGUGGAUCCUGAAUUAGCAGCAGAAUGGCGAAUCAUGAAUUCAAGACAACGCGAGGACGAAAAGCGUUUUCAAAAAACUGCUGAAGACAGAUGGUCCUUGAUUAAACUAGUCUACAAGAUCGGAUUGAACAAAAAUCCACCAGCGUUCAUACCUUUAAGACUGCGCCGAGAAGCUUUAUCCGGAUCAAUGUAUUGGAGUCAUGUUUUCACGGAUUUUUCAAUAUCAGCAGAAGAAUGGGAAACUGCUAGGAAAGGAUCAAUAACGCAUAGUAAUAUCGUUAGAGUUCCGAGUUUUCAAAUGCAAAAACAACCAGCAUCGAUUUUUUGUCGACAGAACAGCACGCCAGUGAUUCGUGAAAAUCGACGCAUAUCAAGAAGAAGAAAUAACACUUAUAAUAAUGGACAACCCAGCAGCGUACUAAAGCAAUUAUUCUCUGGAAGAUAUCCGGAUGAAAUAGUAAUGAAUAAAGACAAAAAUACUCUGUCUCAAUUGAUGCCAGGUCCCAAUAAGAUUACUCAGCAUCAUGAUCAGUACCAUCAUUUUCCAGUGAAACAAUCGUUGGAAUUGCGAACUACCGAUGAAAUGGACAACUUAGAAGAAACUUUGAACGAAGAUGAUGUAAACGAACAAGAUAAACUUGAAGUUGACGAUAAAAGUGGAAUGGUCACUAGAAUGAUUUGGAUGGAAUAUCCAAAAGCAGCUGGAUGGAUACCAGAAUUAAUUUACGUCAUAGCAGCAUUAAUCUUUCAAGUCCUUCGUGUAUAUACUGAUUUCUGGUUGAGUGAAUGGAUGGAGGAAAGGAUUCAUUCGCCGUUGAACACGAUGUCCUAUUCUAUGAUGUAUAUCAUCAUAUCUGUAACCUCCAUUUUUUUAUCGAUACUCUACAAUGUAUCAGGACAAUGGGCAGGUGCUAGAGCGAGACGGAAAUUACACCAACAAGCUAUCGCCGGACUUCUUGGCGCACCCAUUUCAUUUUUUGAUUGUAAUCUUGUUGGGAAAAUCCUAAGUAGAUUCAGUACAGAUAUGAGUGUCAUAGAUAAGAAAAUGGCUACGGCAAUCAAAAGAUUAACAUCUUUUGCACUACUCUGUGGUUCGGUAAUGCUAAUCAAUGUUAUUACCUCACCAUGGUUCUUAAUUACCGUUGUACCAAUUAGCUGCGCUUAUUAUGCGUUGCAAAAAUUCUACAGGCGGACCGCUAGGCAAUUGCAAUGUCUAGAUGGCAGUACGAGAGGACCGGUAGUAGCGCAUUUCUCAGAAACCUUGUCUGGACUUCCAACACUGCGGGCAUUCAAGCAAGAGAAUCGCUUCAUGGAGGAGAUCAUGAAACGUCUCGACAUAAAUACCAACGCAUUUCUCAUUCUGAACAGUAGCAGCAGAUGGUUCGGCAUCGCAUUGGAUUAUUUGGGCGCCGUUAUCGUGGUCAUAGCCAUCUCUACGGCAUUACUUUCUGUGGAAUUAUAUCCAAAUCGCGUAACACCUAGAUUAGUAGGUCUAGCGAUCAAUUAUACUCUUUUAGUACCGAUGUUAAAUUGGAUGAUCAAAUUUAGUGCAGAGAUCGAGUUGUAUAUGGGGAGCGUAGCUCGAAUUUGCGCUUAUAGAAACGUGUUACCUGAGAAACUUCACGAAAACGGUGUACGAGUUGCCAAUGAUUGGCCGAAUAAGGGCGAGAUCGUUUUCGAAAAUGUCUGUUUGCGCUAUGAUGUAAACAGAAACCCGGUAAUUACAGAUUUAUCGUUGAAAAUACCAGCUAAGCAAAAGUUAGGUAUUUGUGGAAGAACUGGUAGCGGAAAAUCAUCGACUGUGAUGGCUCUCUUUCGAUUGAUCGAAAUCAGUCAAGGACGCAUCUUACUGGAUGGAAUUGACAUCCGGAAAGUACCUCUUCAAAUAUUGCGAUCGCGGUUAUCGGCCAUACCGCAAGAUGCAAUAAUGUUUAGCGGCACAAUCAGAGAAAAUUUAGAUCCGUUUUCACAACACAAGGAUCAAGAGAUCUGGCGAGCCUUGGAGCUCUCACAAAUCAAGGACGUCAUAGCUUCGCAUCCCGAGGGACUGAGUCUCGAGGUACGAGAAGGCGGUGAGAACUUUUCAGCCGGUCAAUUGCAGCUGCUUUGCGUGGCACGUGCGAUUCUUCAACGAUCGAAUAUCAUCGUACUCGACGAAGCGACUAGUGCGCUCGAUAUAGCCACCGAGAAGUCACUCUUAAAAGCCGCUGCUGUCGCUUUCGAGGACAAAACUGUAAUCACUAUCGCGCAUCGCGCGGCGGCUUUAUUGGAUUGCGAUCGCAUUCUCGUUUUCGACGAGGGCAAAAUCAUCGAAGAAGGUACACCGGCAGAUUUAAUGCAAAGGCAAAAUGGAGUCUUCUCCGCGAUGAUCAAAGCGAUUGAGCAAGGCGGUAAACAAUGAUGAAAAAAAUCAUGAGGAGUAUCAAUUAACUCCACUGAUACAGCGGAGUUCAAUUUAAGAUACAAAUUGAAAGACUGCUUUAGAAUAGAAAUAUAAAGUUUUUUUUUAUAAUUUAAAGAUGUUAUAGGAAUUCAUGAUAAGGAGCUUUAUUUUUUAUACUAAUCUGACACGCGUGAUUAAUUUACUACUUUUAUACAAUGUCUUCAUUUUAUAACAUAAGUACAAUAUAUUUGAAAUUAUAAUUUAUAAAUAUAUGAAAGAUCACGGCUUAUCCUUAUUCUAAGACCCAAACGCAACGCCCGGUAUAUUGCACGGAUAAGAGUGCCAAACGAUAAUAAUUAUAUAUAUAUAUAUAUAACCAAUAUCCCCACAUCGUCGGCUGUAUCUACCAUCGCAGAAAAGGUGAGCGCGUUUUUCUGUUAGUGGCACCGAAGCCGGUCUGUCGAUAGCACUGGAGUUGUUUCGCUUAUCAGCACUUUUCGGCUCCGAUCGAGUAAAUUGGUGAAACGGUGACGAUAAGCUUAACAUACGCUGUGAACAUACGAUAUGAAGAAAAAACAUAUUUUAUUGACACAAUUGUCCUAUGAAGUUACUUGUAUCUGCAGUUGUGAUUAAUAAAUUAAUUAAGAUAAAUCGUGAAUUUUUGAUUGAUCCAAA